AGGCAGUAUCGUCAGUCGUGACCGGGUGUGUGAGUGUGUUUGUGUGUGUGUCAGCGAGAGAUUUGUUAAGAUGCAAGAGAGGUAACGUUAGCUUGUCUGACGGGAUGGCAGGAAUCAUCAAAAAGCAGAUCCUGAAGCAUUUGUCCAGGUUCACAAAAAACCUCUCCCCAGAUAAGAUCAACCUGAGUACGCUGAAAGGAGAGGGCCAGCUGUCCAACCUGGAGCUGGACGAGGAGGUCCUGCAGAACAUGCUGGAUCUGCCCACCUGGCUGGCUGUCACCCGUGUCUACUGCAACAAGGCUGCUAUACGGAUACAAUGGACGAAGUUGAAGACAAGCCCGAUAUGUUUGUUCCUGGACAAAGUAGAAGUUGAAAUGAGGACAUGUGAGGAACCCCGACCCCCCAAUGGCCCCUCCCCUAUUGCCAUUACUGCAGGUCAAAGUGAAUAUGGAUUUGCUGAGAAGGUCGUUGAGGGAAUGUCUGUGAUCAUCAACUCCAUCACGAUUAAAGUGCAGGCCCGAGCGUUCCACGCCUCCUUUGAGCUCUGGCAGCUCCAGGGCUGCAGCCUCAAUCCCAAUUGGCAGAAGACCGACCUGCGUUACACACGCGUGACACAUCCCAAGAGAGGAGAGGUCCUAACAUUCAAGGAGAUCAACUGGCAGAGUCUGCGCAUCGAGGCUGAUGCUAUAGAGAGUGAAGAGCAGGAUCUGGGCAGCACGCCGCUCCGUCUCAUUACCAAUCAAGGACGAAUACGCAUCGCUCUCAAACGCAGGGUGAAGGACUGUAAUGUGUUGGCCUCUAAGCUGCUGUUUAUACUGGAUGACCUGCUGUGGGUGCUGACAGACUCCCAGCUCAAAGCCAUCAUCCACUACGCCAAAUCAUUGAGUGAAGCCAUGGAGAAAUCUGCCCAGCAGAGGAAGAGCAUGGCUUCUGAGACACUUCAGACCGCCCCUCCCUCUCCUGGCGUUCAUUCUCUGUGGACUGAAACGCCUCCUUCCCCUGCGGCCGGGACCCCCAGCACACUGGCCCAGUAUUUCGACCUUCACGAUGUCAAAGAAUCGUCCUACCACACCUUCAUCUCCCGUCUUGACCUUCAUAUCUGCAACGACCGCUCUUCAGAUCCUGAUGAAGCUCCGCCUCCAGGCACCCAGGGUGCGAUGCAGCUGACAUUCCGGAAGUUGGGCUGCGAUUACUACCCUUUCCAUAGACCAGGUGACGGCUGUCGGCACUGGGAGCAUCACUGCGGGGCGAUGGAGGCUCGCAUUCAGUGGGCAGCCAAACUGCUGCAGGAGUUCCAGAGAAGAGUGGAGGAUCUCGGCAUCCCUCCACAAUUUUCAGAAAAGCCUAAAGAUUCUCCAGCCAAAAAAGUCAAGGGAGAUGGGGAUGCCUCGUCCAGUUUUAGCCCUGAACAAGGUCAGACAUCACAACAGGGUUCAGGAGCCCUGUCCCUUCUGAAGAGACUCCGCUCCAGCUGUAUGGUGAUCCGUGUGGACGACUUGGACAUACAUCAGGUGUCCACCGGGGGGCGUCACAGCAAGAGAACGCAGUCCCUGCUAUCUUGUAACCGCAAGUCUCUUAAUCUGCCGGACAACACGCCUGCUAUUCACCUACAAUUCACAGAAUAUUACUUCCCUGAUAACCCUGGACUUCCUGUACCCUGCUCUAACCUUUAUGCCCAGCUGAAUGGUCUACAGGUGUGUCUGGAUGCUCCAAGUGUACUGUGGAUGACUCUCUUCUCAAGGGGUCUACACAGGACACUGGAUCAAGUCAAAGCCUUCUACCACCUCCAAGACAGCAGUAAAAGUGACGAACAUAUCGAUAUUCGCGUGGAUGCAACAAAACUGAAGCUGGUCAUUCCCCUGGAAUCCUCCAUUUUGGAUCAUCCAGACCGGCCUCAGUCACUAAGCGUCAGUCUUCCUCAGAUCGUCUUCAGCAACACACGUCACUGUCCUCAUGGUUCUCGCUCUGACCUCAGCAGCAUUUACAACAGCUUCUCUAGCUCUCCUUUCUUCCAGUCCACAGCGUGCCAACCUUUCCCUCGUGAUCAGAGUGUCCUACCACCCCUUCCAUCUGGGUUCCUUCAACACUCCCUGGAAGAGGAGUCCCUGUUCUUAGCAGACAGACGUCACCUUCGCUCUCAGGACAUCUGGUCUGUAAGUCUGUCCCGAGUUGCUAUGGGCUUUGAGGGGGCACGUCGAGGGCUCAGGGGCAAAGCUCUUCCCUUCGUGGAGCCUUUUGCCAUGUCUUUGUGGAUGUGCCACCCUGCUGCCUUCAGGAAAGACUUCUGCAUGCGGAGAGACUUACUCAGUUCUAGCAAAGACUCCGUCCCAGUCACACCGCAAGGUAUGGAUGGGGAUGUCCCAUCAGGUCAAUUCAACCACACCAAUGAACAAGUCAACUCUCCCCUGGCCUCCAUCCACAUUUUGGCCCAGUCUAUCACUCCUGUCAAAAUGUUCCUCAACCAUUACCAGUUUGUAGCCCUUUUGCGGAUGAAAGACUACCUCGCCCGACUAGCUGGAGAUUUGAGCAAGGAUGUCCAGAGUUUGGGACAUUCAGAAGAGUCACGUACAGAUUCUCCUUCAGUGUGUCUCUCGGUCUUAAUGGAGGCCAUUGAACUCACUUUGCUGCUUCCUCCUGCAGCAUGUGAGCCAGAAGCCCAAUCCCCAGAGGAUACAGACACUCCCAGUCUGACCGACUCUGAUCUUUCGCCAUCCCACCACGCCGGAGAGCCUGGCCUGCUGGAGGACAGUGGGCUGGGUCGAAAUGGGGAAACAGCUGAUCACGAGGAUGAUGAAGAGCAGGAAGGUUCAGUGGAGGAGGCCUGCGAAGCCCUCGAGGAGGGAGUGGGUGGACAGAGGCAGCAGCAAGCUCUGGUUUCUGCUCAAUCACCACAACUUUCUCCAGGGAACUCAACGGUACUCUCUCGGCAAGGUUCUACCUUCAGCCUGGAAGGCGAACUGUCCAGCGCCCUAAAUGCCACCAAAGGUGUAACCAAAGAUGCGCUCAGCGCCUCCCUGGAUCUCACCAAGGGGGCGCUGUCCAUCACGAAAGAUGCCUUUAGCAUCCUUAGCAGAGGAUCUGCGAUGACUAAGCUCUUCACUCCUCAAAACAAGGAGCCAAGCAAUGAGUCUAGUUCCUCCUUCAUGGGGAGCCUGCGGCUACAGACCAUGAAACAGUCGCCUUCCCAGAAUUCCUGUGACAGUGCCAUUGUCGAGGGGAGCAUGGCAGACGAUGGCUUAUCCAUUAACAGUGACAUCAGUGAUAACUUUGUCAUACUCAUGGACUCAGAGUCAGGUGUGGAUUCUUUGCGACCUAAUGGUACAGCUAUGAACAGUUGUGUGAGUCCCGCACUGGGAACAGAAGGUGGAUCAUCGGCGGACCUCAGCAGCUCCCUGUCCCAGAGCACUGAAGACCUUGCCGAAGAUACCGUUUCUGUGUUAGUUCUGUGUCUGAGCCGAGUGGGUGGCCUGGCAGAGAAGCAUGGAGAAGAUACUGUAGUGGCACUGGAAGCCAAAGAACUUCAACCUAAACAACUUGGCAAUCAUAAAGUCACAGAGCUGCUUACAGGACUGACGUUGAUGCAGGCUGGUUCUGCCUCUCCCAUCGGUCCGCUGUCCCCAGGUCUUCGAGCUCCCUCCUGCCCCCCAGUGGCGGCUCUCAGAUUAGAGAUGGGACCCCGCGCGGGCAGGCAUUCUUCUCUGUCUGAGACCAUGGGGUUCAUGGAGAUGUGUUUGACGGGAUGCAGAGCUGAGCUUUUGGCAUCUACGUUAAAUGGUCUGGGUCCCUUCCUGGAGGAUGAGCUGAGCGCAGACACACAGCCAAUGAGACUGUGGAUGCGGGACAGUACUGUUACUCUAAAGGAUGAUGGUCCUCGUGUCUACCCAACCGCUCCUCAGCCUGUUCCUGUGCUCUUCUCUCUGGACGGCAUUGUGCUGGAGCGUUUAGAUGAUGGGAUACUCCGCUUGAGACCUGCUCAGAAUCAUCCAGCGUCCGAGACGGAAGUGUGUCAAGAAAUGGCCGACCAAUCCUGUUCUAGAACUGAGAAGAAAAACAAAUCUCUCGAGUCCAGGCUCGCUGAUGUCCAGUCUGCUCUCCACAAAGCUCUGUCUGACCGAGAGUGUCUGCUACAGGAAGUUAGGAAACACAACCCCUCCUUCACCUUAUGAUGUUCAAGGCAAAGUAACCUGACUUCGGUCGAAGCAAGGCACCAGAUGACUUCUACAUGAACAACCAGGUUUCCUAACUAUUGCUGAUUCAAUUUCUUCUGUUAUCUGCAAUCACCUUAAUAUCUCUCUAUGAUCAGAUAUCGUCAUGAUCUCUAGUUUCUCUCUGACUUUUCUCAACAAGUCUUCCUGUCCGUUUGUGACUGAUCUACACCACUAAAUGUAACAGACGGAUUAAGUCUUUCACUGCCGAGACCCUCUGCCUCCUGAACUAUUUCCUCAAAUUUUGCUCCGCAUAAAUCUCAAACAUUUCACCCCAGGAUUGUGUCAAAUUACAGAUGAAUCCUAGCUGAGCCGUUGUUCGGUACCUGGUAGCUUUGUUCUCAAACCUAGUGAGCUGCCUACCUAGAAAGCAUUUUAAAGGGUGAGUAAAUGACAUAAUUUUCAUUUUUGGGUGUACCGUCCCUUCUAUCUGUACGUCGUUAUUAAAGCUGAAAUUAUUAAUAAGGUACCUCAUGUUGGAGAGUACUUGCAUUAGGAAUUUGGACAAUUCUCAUGUUUGUAAAUCUUCAGUUCGAAACAGUACAAAAACUUUGGUCUCUGCCGACCUCUGCAGGUCAGGUGGAGAAGCACAGGUCAAAUACUUUAUAAGGUUAUACAAGUUAUGGCUGUUCUAGGUAGUACAGUGAGGCAGUUCACUAGAUUUUGGGAAAGAACUGUAAAGAUUUUAACAGUUUACUGUAUUGUGAGUUUUAUAUACGCUGCUAUUAAGCUGCAUAAAUGCAAUGUGUUGAAGUUUGCUAAUGUUUGUGUGCAUUAGAGUGAAGUUAAAGACAAGAGCACUUUGAUGUCAUAAGGCACUCUGUUGUCACUAUACAUUGACCUUCAUCUGAGGGUCAACAUGUACAACGUAUGUUACUUUUGUGUUGAGAUCCCGUCCUCGGACUGCACUAAGCUGGUACGGAAUGAAGCGCUUGUGCCAAGGCUAAAGUUUCAUACUGUGAGAAUUUGUUCACAUAGAUCUUGGAGACUUGUUCCAACCGCUUUGAUUUGUCUAAAGGCCCGUUCCCACCAUGAAUAACUGUAAAGAUGACUACAAAGAUAUCGAUCGUUUUAAAAUGAAGAAAAUAAUGAGGUUCACCCUGUAACUGUAGCAAUAGAGAGAAGCUUGGGAUCACUUUAAGAGUGAUUUUUUUUUUUCCGCUGAUGAACAAUUAAAUAUUGACAGCUGAUCAAAAUCCAUUUGAAUUUGAAAGGCUUAUGUAUUAAAAUUGCGAAACUUUAGCAUGUGAGCUGAGAAUAAACAUAACGGUAUCAUCCAUUGGUGUGGACGCUAAUAUAGUUAGCGUUAGGGUUAUCCUUCUCUGUGUGAGCUGGGCUUCAACCUUCAGUAUUAUAAUGAUGUUACACGAAUUUAUUUUCGUAAACGUGGAUAUUUAUUGGAAAACAUUUGUUGGGUCAUUUGUAUGUGUUUGUUACACUAAAUCUCUUUGAGACACUUCGCUAAUCUGUAGAGUUAAACAAAAUAUAAAUUAUAUAAAUUAUAAAUAUUUACUUUUUGUUUUUACAAUUUCUAAAUUGUAUUAUCAAUUAUUUAAAAAAAAAUGUGUUUAAAGAGGAACACAAAGGCUGACAUGUAAAUGUCCUGUACAAACAAUCUUGAAUUACAGGUGCUACAGUGAACAGCUUUGUGCAACACAAUGUUAAAAUCUGACAGUUUUUUACGGUUUUGGGUAUUAUAGGCCUGGUAAAAAAUAGUUACUGUUAUGAUUAGUGUGUUAAAAAACAACAAUAUCUGACAGUAUGUGGGUUCUCCAGGUCCGUGUCUCCUGUCAACAUCCCUGUGGUUCAGCAUUCAAUGUGUAACAUUUUUACAAACUAAAGAAAGUAUUUAUGAUAUUUCCGUCUUCCAAACAUGAACUAAAACUUAAUUUAGUGCAUGUAAAACAUCUUGUUUAGGUAUUUAAUGCAUGGCUUUACUUGAAACCUUUCAUGCAACAUAAAGAUCAUAUACCUCAUUGAGUUUUUAUUUUAUUUGUGAUACUGCAUGUUAAGAAACACCUCUCAUGCCUUCCAUUGCUUUAGCUCAAAUAUGGUUGUUAUUUAUACUGUAUUGUAGAGGAGUACUGCUUACUGUGAGUGGUCAUAUUUCACAUGCAAAAUAUUGACUUUAAGCUUUUUACUAACUGUAUUGGUCGUUUUUAAAGAUGUUGUUGGUACAAGGUCUACUUUUCUGUGUUUUUCAAUUAAAGUAGUCUGCUGUUCAGUUUGUUACAGUGUUUUGUAUGGAAAAGCUCUCGAGAACAAAGUCUGCCGUGUUCAUUUCUCUCUUUUGUUCUUGAGUGGAAAUCGGCCCAAGUGAGAAAAUAAAAAGCCCUUUAGGUACACAAAACAAAUUAUAUAUUCACAGAUACACAAAAGCAAACUGAUUUUGACUGAUAAAAGUACAAUGAAAUUAGAUUGGAGAGUGUAAUCUAGAGUUUCCCAUGUGUUGAAAAUGUCUCACACUGUGCUCCAAUUUCCAAAGACAGCAAUGUUUGUUAUUAAAGUCAAAUUUUGAAUAAGAAUUUUCAUCUAAAUCUUCCACAGCUGAAUGAUUUAAUCUAUGCUAUGUCACUACAUUUCAUAGCUCUAGACUCUUAUUGUAAAAUCAUCAAUUUUGUCUGUUUAAUUUUAGGGAAGACAUCUGUGAGUUGAUUCUAAACCGAUACACAACCAAUAACUAUAUAAAGUCUCCUGAGGUGUACCUUUGUGAAAAAAGACUGUGAAUAUUUGAUCAGAAUCAUGAUUUUUUUAUUUAAACUAUAGAAUGUGUGUGUGUUUAUUCAUUUGUUGGACUGUAUAGAGUUAUUACCUGCGUUGAGUGUGUUGUUGAAUUGAGAGGUCUUUGAUUAUUUUUAAUCGUUUAUUAUUGGUUAAACGAAUGGAAUGUGUGCAUCACACUUUUCUUGAGUGUUCAUGAGUUUGUUUUCUAAUAGAAUUUACUGAGUUUUUUAUUUCACAUUUGAUGCCACCACCGUAAUAGUAAAAAACUGUAUUUUGUUGGUUCUGUGAACCAUAACUAGACCAUAUAUGAUCAAUAAAAUGUUUAAAUUGCAUUAAAA